CCAGUUUAAAACCGACGAAUGACAUUAGGAGAGACACGUCAAAAACGGAACAAAAUGGAACAUAGAGGAAUCAUGUUUGGUCAACCAAUCCUGGCUAGCAGAAAUUUGGCUGUUGUUUUUUUGCUGCUUGUUGCCACCGCAAACAUGACAUCUGCGAGUCCUGUUAGUCUUACACCGUCUCCUUCUAAGAAGGUUGUAGAUUACACAGUUCAUAUAAGCGAAUCUGAGGCACAGUACGACGAGACAAUCGAGGUGGACACGGAGAAGCAAACUGAACUGUUCAAAGUUCCUGCUCAUAACAAAGUGGACCAAAGCAAUAUUUUGUACGACUUCAAAACAAAUAUGAGCAUGUUGAUGUUACCUGGUAAAAAGAUCUGUUACUAUAUGCCACUGUCAGCAGAGGUGCCGUCACCAACAAAACUCGAAAGUGAUCUUGAUCGGACCAAGGGAAUGACCAACGACAGGACGAAAACUAUUGAUAGUAAAUGGACAGUAGACAGUGAGAUUACCGAUCGCUCUGUGCUGACCGAGGAGUUGGCAAACUUUUGUCCAGAAUACCCCAUAUACCAAGUCAAAUUCUUGGACGACUCAGAGACUUCUACAACGAUUGAUACAAAAGGAACGAAACAUCGCACUCGUCGAAGUUCGGAAUUUCCUCCCAUUGCUGCCUCCGUUUUAUGCCCUGGUGGAAAAAGCAUCGUGACUGACGGGGACAUCAGCUGGUGUAGCGACCUCCAGGGAUGCUGGAGAAAAGUAAGCAAAGUACAUUCCCGUACAUGCUUUCAGACUGUGCGUUGCUUUUCGUGGGGGUGCGUUUACCUUCACUUCGGACAAGAAGUGUAUUGUUUGAAAUACCAGUGUAAACAGGACACUUCUCAUCAUACCGAUAACAUCACUGCCCGAUAAAGAUUGUAAUAACAGCGAUGAUAGUAGUGUAAGACGCCGUACCGUAAAAUAGAAACUUAGAUUGUAAAAAUGAGAUGGUUAUUUAAAUUUUUUAAGUGUUAUUCACUUAAGUAUAUUUAUAACAUAAUCAGAGUGAAUCGUGCUCUCUGAUCGGUCAAUUCAGUGUGCAGCAUUUGCCCAUGGGUGUAAGCUGCUGACGUGAGCCAAUGCAAAGACUAGUUUCCGCGCCCUUGUUUUUCUGGUUGUAAGAUUUGAAUGUUACAUAAAAGGGUACUCUUCUGCUACAAUGUAUCAAUGUUGUGUUGUAAAACAAAUGGUAAACACCACUUGGGAGGUUUGCUAAGCA